AGAUGCAUGAUUUCUCAUCUUUUUCUCUCCAAGAAAAUCCUAGGCCCCUCAAAAACACCAAGAACUUCAUCAAAGUUUCUUCAAUACAAUCAAAAAAUUAAGGUUCCUAAUCCAAGAAGUUCAAGAAAAAGUUUUCAAUAACUUUCCCAAGGCUUCCAAGUCAAGCUUUCAAUUUCAAAUCAUCUAUUAAGAAGGUAAGACCUGGAUACAACCACCUGUUGUUGGCAUUGAUGUCAUGCGCCACCCUCGCGAUCCCAAGACAAUCUUGGUUCUCUUGUGUAUGGGAGUAGGUUGUUUGAUACUCAGGUUUCAUUCCGGAGAACAGUUACCUGAUCCAUUCCUCAAAUUUCUUACGGAUAAGAGGAUUCGCUUUGUUGGUUUUGCAAUCCCGGAAAAGAAAGAUAUGUUUCCAUUUGAGGAACUAGGAUUGACUAAAUAUGAAGUUGAUAUAGGCUACCUGGCCUCCAAGUUUUUUAAUGACACGAAGUAUAAGAGAUAUGAAUUAGGUGAUCUAGCGCACAAAGUUCUUGGGAUCAAGAGAAUGGUGGGCUUUACACAGGCUUCGUCUUUUGAGAGACAUGAGCAGCUGAAAGGUGCAAUCUGUCAGCUUUUCAUAUCCAGCGUGAUUGCCAUGACAUUGUUCACAACAAAGGACAAGAAAAAAUUUGCAGAAGCUCCAAACAAGUCGUCAUUUCUGAAGAAUCUGUCUCUGCCUUUAGAAGGGUGGUUCAUAUUGCCUAAAGCCAAAAAGGGAGACAAGUUUCAAUCUGUGCAAAGAGAUAUGGAUACUUCUUAUCGGACAACUAAUGGUGAUGAUUUUCCUGUCACCAACAUAGUUCAUGCUGCACCCAAACAAGAAGAAGCGGCUGUUAGUUAUGACUCAAUUCAUGCCAAAGUUACUGAGGAUGACUUCUGUGAUGAUUUUGCCCGUGUAUGGGGUGGUAUAGAACGUGCCAAUGGCGAUAAUCAUGUCCAAGUAAAACGUAGUGAGGUUAACUUAGAAGGUGUUACUGCUCGCGUAAGAGGUGGUGAAGCAGAUGAUCGUGAUGACUUUGUCCGAGCCAAAGUUACCGAGGAUAAAUUAGAUGAUGGUACUACUUAUGACAAAUCAAAAGAGGCUAGUACAAAUGAUGACGUGAAUCAGGAAUCUGCCAAAGCUAAAGAGGUUACUACAAAUGAUGAUUCGAAGUGCCUAAUAAAAAAGCAUCUGAAAGGGAUUCUGAAAUGUCCAUAUGCUAAUAUGGAUUCUUGGAAUGCUUCUUCAUCUAAUCCUGAUUCUCCUGUGUCUGUCAACAAGGACAGACAAAGCGUUAGAGGUUCACUUAGAAGAGCCAAUUCGAAGGGGUUUAACGUUAAAUUUAAAUAACAGUGUCUCUGCUACUAACAUGUAUAGUCUGCCUAGCUGAGAAUUCAUACAUCACUAUAUGGAUGUUAUGAUUUUUCUAUACUAUUUAACUUCAAGAAAUCUGUACAUUCUUAUUAGGUAACCAGCUGGAAGUUGUAAACUUUUGAUAACUGUUAGUAAUCAGAUUCAUUGUUUUAAAAUU